AUGGAAUUGCCUCAUUCGAAUAUCAUAAGUUAUCAUGUCACUAGCCCUUUUUUUAUCAUCAAGUUUACAGGUCCCCGUAGUUUAAAUUCUUUUACUAAAGACGAUUACUUGUAUUUGGGGCAGCUUUUACAUCUAGCUGAUAAGGAUGAUUCAGUGUAUUUUACGAUACUGCAAAGUUGCGGAACCUUCUUUUCUAGUGGUGCUAAUUUUCAAGGUAUUGCUAAGCAAGCAAAAAACUCUAACGACCCAGAAUUAAGUAAGUGGUUAAAAAACUUUGUGGCAACUAAUUUAUAUGUAACUGAUUCUUUUGCAAGACACAGUAAAGUGUUGAUUGCAUGUUUAAAUGGACCGGCAAUAGGAAUGUCAGCUGCUAUAGUAGGACUUUGUGAUAUCGUCUAUGCUAAUACGGAGAAAGUAUAUUUACGAUUUCCAUUUGCAAGUUUAGGCUUGAUUACAGAGGGAGGUACAUCUAUUACAUUACCAAAAAAAUUAGGGAACAAUAUUGCUUACCAAAAAUUGAUGUUUAAUGAAAUCUUUACUCACGCCGAUUUGAAGGAUAAAGUAAUUAAUAAAACAUAUUAUAUCGAAGACACAGAAGAAUUCAAUAAAACGAUACUGAAUGAGCUAAAUGAGAAGAUUAAGACACUAUAUCUUCCAAGUUGCCUGAAAAUGAAGAAAAUGCUUCAGUCAAACUUAAAAGAUGAGAUUGUUAAAUUAAACUCUUUGGAAGUAAAUGACGCAUUGCAAUUUUGGAUAGAUGGCGAGCCAAUAAGAAGAUUUGAUCAAUUAGAAAAUAGGAACCGUAAGGUCAAGCUAUAG